GGAGGGGCCGGGCAGCCCACAGCGGAGCGGGGCGGUGCGGGCAGAGGAGCUGGGCGCGCAGCGGGGAGGACGGAGAUCACCUCCUCUGCAGCGCCCAUGGGGACAGGACGACUUUAAAGGAGUUUGGGAGGGUUUCUGGCGCUGGGAGACCACGGAUCCGGCAAUUCCUGCCCUCGCCUCGCCCUGUCAUUGAUGGGAAAUCAACUGGAUCGCAUCACCCACCUGAAUUACAGCGAGCUGCCGACCGGGGACCCCUCGGGGAUCGAGAAAGACGAACUGCGCGUCGGGGUGGCUUACUUCUUUUCGGAUGAGGAGGAGGACCUGGACGAGCGAGGCCAGCCAGACAAGUACAGCGUGAAGGGCUCCGGCAGCCCUGGCCAGGAGACGCCCACCCACCACCUCCACCACCAGCUGGUGCUGAACGAGACCCAGUUCUCCGCUUUCCGUGGCCAGGAAUGCAUCUUCUCCAAGGUCAGCAGCGGCCCCCAGGCUGGGGACCUCAGCGUCUACUCGGUGUCAGCCCUGCCUGCCCUCUGCAAGCCGGGGGACCUGCUGGAGCUGCUCUACCUGGGGCCGUCGGAGCACCCGCCGCCGCACUGGGCAGUGUACGUGGGCAGCGGGCAGAUCAUCCACCUGCACCAGGGGCAGAUCCGCCAGGACAGCUUGUACGAGGCGGCCGCGGGCAACGUGGGCCGGGUAGUGAAUAGCUGGUACCGCUUUCGCCCGCUGGUGGCUGAGCUGGUGGUGCAAAACGCCUGCGGGCACCUGGGCUUAAAAAGCGACGAGAUCUGCUGGACUAACUCCGAGAGCUUCGCCGCCUGGUGCCGCUUUGGGAAAAGGGAGUUCAAAGCCGGAGGGGAGCUGCAGGCUGCUGCCGGCACCCAGCACCAGCAGCAAUACUAUCUCAAGAUCCACUUGGCCGAGAACAAGGUGCACACGGGUAUGCCAUGGUCUUCUGACAUCAAGAGAAGUGAGUUAAAUAUGUGGGGUCUGACAUAUUGCUACUUACUGGAGGAAAAUUAUCAAGGAGCACUACACUUUGCAAUAAUGAAGUACCCUUUUAGAAUGAACUAUGCUGCUGCUGACUUGUGUAUUUAUGAAUAAAAGUAUGCUUCAGUGAAGUAUCCAUCCAUCUUUCUCUUUGACAUAUUUUAACGGAUGGCAUCACAAAGUUUUUUUCAUAUUUUGAAUGUUUUUCCCCUCACUGUAAUAAUUUGAAAGCAAAACACUGAAAUUAGCUGUGUUCUAUUGUUCAAAUACUCAACUAUUGCUGUACAGUUGUUCCUAAGUAAAGAGGUGGCUGGCAUUGAUAUUUCUUGAUUUUCCUAAUUUUAUCUUUCUUUGAACUAAUACAUUUCUUUCAAAAGCUAAAUGGUGGGACUUUCAGAAGUACCUAUUGUUGAUUUGACUAUUUUCCCAUUGAACUCAUGGGUGAACUUUCACCAAAGAUCUUUGGGCCACAGUUAGGCUAACACCGACUGCUUUUAGAAAUCUUUACGAAUGGAUAAAAGGCGAAAAUCAGCUCUUUCAAGGCCUGUGAGUGUUUCAUGUGGACCAGAGUGCUGAGAGCUACACUUCUGAGUCCUUGACAGAUUAAAUUUCAUUUCAAGAACUAGAAUAGCCCAGUUAUUCCAUGUCCCCACCCAUAAAGUAUUUAACUCACCUGAUAGAAGAAUACAGAUCUUUUUACCUAUCCAAAAAUCUUUCUUCUCAUCAAAAAAUCUGUGGGUGAUAUAAAGCCCUUUUCCACUACCAAGCUCAUUACUAGAAAUCGCUGCUGCAGACUGUCAGAACCGAAUCCUUGCCUAGAGAAUAUUGUCAUUUCCAGAUGUUGUGGAAGAAAAAUAAUUCUCUCACCUAUUCUCUUAAGUCCUUUAAUAAAACAGUUUUAUUGAAAUAAGUAAAUAAAUGCCUUGUUACUGAAACUAGUUCCAGUAUAACAAAUAAUGAACCGCCUUAACAUUGCUGGUAAUUAACACAUCUGACUGAGCAUCAGCAACAGUGACUUUUAAGAAACUUAGAUUUCAUGUGAAGUUACAUCUUUGUUGAACAGAGGUACCUUAGGUGAAUGCAAGGACCUGUUAACAUUUAUCAUAGAGCUAUAGGAUACAUGAUAACAUGACACAGCCCUACUUUAGCUUUAAAUUCAAACCUUGUUACAUGGUAUGUCUGCCUACCUGACAGGAUUUCUGAGUUAGUAUUUCCAGCCUGUGCUGACUUUAUGCCAUUGAUUCUUCUGUUAGGUGUAAUCAAAGGUCAUUAAUAUUGAAAAGUUCACUUUAAUUGAGCCAUCAACUCAUUUUAAUUAUGGCAAUAUAAAAGCGUGUCAAGUGUUAGACCCUUACACAAAGGGUCAGUUAAUAUGCAGAUUCAUCCUGGCAGUAAUAUUGCCUGGGACCCAUUAGCUCUAGCUAAGGAAUGUAAAGAAUUUCCUGCUUCUUUAUCUGUCUUUGAAGUUGAAGGAAUAAGGGGAAAAAGAUAAGCAGAAAAAGAUAUUCUAAAAAACGUCAUGCUUAUCAGAAAUCUUUAGCUUUUAUAUUUAUGCUUUGUAUACAGAUAAACUCAGAAACAUGCAGAUAAAACUUUCACUGUAUUAGGAGCACCAAUUAUAGAAAUGAUACCAUUUAAAUUUUGGCAUACUAGAAACUUGCAUACAUAUGCUGAGUAAAGAGGAUAAUCUUUUGCUUUUUCAUUUCACAGCAAGCUAGCAACUUUCUUAAUCCAUAGGAACCUAAAGUUGAGUUCACUGUCUGCUGAUAAUGUACCCCAAGAGCAAUAGAAAUGUCAAAUGUUUGCAUACUGCGAGCGAUAUCAGUUCUGAAAACCUAUCUUCAAUUUCAUCCUCCUGAAAUCCUUAAUCUCAUACAUACCUUUGAGCUUUUAAUGACUUUCCAAAGAAUAAUGUCCAAGAUAAUGUGAAUGGAAAUAAAGCAGGAACAUAAAAAGACAGAUGAAGAAUUUGUUUUAUGUUCAGCUACAGAGUGUCACAUAUUUCUUAUUUCCUUGGAACAGGAAAAAGAUUUGUAUUGAUAUUUAGAGAGCAGUUCCGUUUGUUAGAUCUAUAGACCUUUUUUUUUAAAAUUCAGGUGUACUUUACUGAAAUAAACAAUGCUAAAGAAAAGGAAAAAACACCAUUUCAAGUUUAAUAGAGUUGUCAUAUUGGCAGGAAAACUCAGGUCAUAUUCUUUAACCUUUCCAAAUCUUAUAUGAACAAGUUUCAGACAGAAUAGCUCAAAACCAUGAAAAAUUUAGUUUUCUAUUAGUUUUGUUCAUAAUGAUGGGUUUUUUUACAAAUAUGACUAGUCAUUUGUGGUGCCUCAUCUUCUCAGUACUUCACUGAAGACCUCCCAAACUGAUUAUUUUUUUCAAACAAUGCCAAACUUCUGCCAUCUGAAAAUGAAGCCCCUAAGCAGACUCUAGUCAGAAACUGAACAAUGAAAACAGCUUAAGUGGAGCUUGGAAAAUAUUACUCAUAUAUGUUAAAAAGCUUUCAAAGCUGUAACGCAAAUCUUACAAAACAUAGAAUUCAAAAUUGUAUCCUACUAAACAGUAAAUAUGUUAGUAUUUUUAAACAUACAGGUUAGCACUAGUGUAUUAUAUGUAAAAAAAAUGUAGCCGCUAUGCAGUUUAUCUUAAAAAUGAACCCAUUAUAUUUCAAAUAUAAGAUGUAGAGGUUGAAAAGGUAGUCUUUGAAUCUGAUUUAUGAGCUAAUCUAUCCCUUGUUGGUGAGGUUUCCAUUAUCAUUGAAAUAAAUGUGUCUAUGUACACAAA